ACCAGGCGACAUAACUGUUUUCAUUGCGGUAGUUUCCUGUUGGUGAUAACUUAGCUGAGCUAACUCUCGUGGCAUCAUUUAUCAGGUUUGUUUAGAAAAUGUCUCGCUCGGCUCUGAGCUGCCCGGGCUGCGGCUCGUCAAACAUCAUAGACGAUGAUUUGUAUGCGCAGUCACAGCUGGUGUGUGUGGACUGUGGCGCCGUGGUGUCAGAAGGAUCACUGGCUGACGAACACGUCGAAGGAUCAGGCGUUAACUUCGUCCGAGCCACGACUUCAGCCAAAAAGCCGUGUCCAAACCUGAUAAAAGGCCUGCAGCGUGUAAAAGUCAUUUGUCAGACUCUCAGGGUCCACAGUGGAAUUGAGAAUCUCUCACAGUCUCAUUACCAGCAGGCCUAUCAGCAUGACAGUUUCAUCAAUGUGAGCCUCCAAAAGAAAGACGUUCUCGCUGGUUGCUGUGUGCUCGUGAGCUGUCGACUGCUUAACUGGCCCAUUACCAUGGGAACCAUCGGCUGCCUGGUGGAUGCUGAUCUGGAGAUGGUGGGAGCCGUUUAUAGAGAGAUGGUCAAGAUUCUCAACAUUGUGGCUCCAAUUAUUAGCGUCACAGAUGUGAUGGAGGCCCACGUUCAGGAGUAUAAAAUCAGUUCUCUUCAUGUUCCUGAGGAUCUGGCUGAGAACCCCAAAGACUUGACCAAACGAGCCGUAGCUCUGGUGGAGCUGGCAGCAGACACCUGGAUUGUGACUGGCCGG